AUGGGUAUUCUACUAGAACCAUACCAUUACCUUCUCGCACACCCUGGCAAAGAAAUUCGAAGUAAAUUGAUUGAAGCAUUUGAUUGGUGGCUCAAAGUUCCCAAAGAACAACUAGUCGUUAUAACAAAAGUUGUCGAAAUGCUGCAUACUGCAAGUUUAUUGAUUGAUGACGUAGAAGAUGACUCUACACUAAGACGAGGUGUUCCAGUCGCCCACCAAAUUUAUGGUGUACCGGCGACAAUCAACUGCGCCAACUACGUAUACUUUCUCGCAUUAAAUGAACUCGCGAAACUCGAGAAUCCGAUAAUGUUUACUAUCUAUACCGAGGAAUUGAUGAAUUUGCAUCGUGGACAGGGGAUGGAAUUAUAUUGGCGUGAUACGUUGGUGUGUCCAUCCGAAGAAGAGUUUAUUGAAAUGGUUUCAAAUAAAACCGGUGGUCUCUUAAGACUUGCUGUGAAAUUAAUGUCUGGAGCUAGCAGUAUAAACGAUAGCGAUUAUGUAAAUCUAGUAAACAUGAUCGGGAUACACUUUCAAGUCAGAGAUGAUUACAUGAACCUACAAUCCUCUGUCUACACUGAUAACAAAGGUUUCUGUGAAGAUUUGACUGAAGGAAAAUUCUCAUUUCCAAUCAUACAUUCGAUACAAUCCGAUUUAUCAAAUCGUCAAUUAUUAAACAUUCUAAAACAACACACCUCAUCAAUUGACCUAAAGCACUACGCCGUAAAACUAAUGCAGGAAAGCGGAUCGUUCAAAUACACCGAACAAUUUCUUGCAAAAACAGAACAGAAAGCGCGUGACGAGAUCAAACGACUUGGUGGUAACCCGAUGCUCGAGAAAAUUAUUGACUUGUUGUCUGUUCCUUCAUCGGAAAAUGUUGGUGAUGGCAGUGUGAAAAAGAGCGAAGCGCAGUCGUCUACUGUAACUACUACUGCUGCUUCGACAAAAUAA